AUGGCUCUUCACUGUCCUAUGGCCAUGGGCCUCAACAAGGACCACAAGGUAACUAAUAACGUGAGCAAGUCCAGGCGCAGCCACCACCGCUGGGGUCUGACCAAACACACCAAGUUCAUGUGGGACAUAAUCCGGGAGGUGUGUGGCUUUGCCCCAUAUGAGCGGCAAGUCAUGGAGUUACUGAAGGUGUCUAAGGAAAAAUGGGCCCUCAAGUUCAUCAAGGAAAGGGUGGGGACACACAUCCAUGCCAAGAGGAAGCGGGAGGAACUGAGUGACAUCCUGGUCGCCAUGAGGAAAGCCACCCAAGAAAGGCUGAGCCCCCUCCCCUGCCCUCUCCCUGAGAUAAACAGCUCGCACCCACCGUCCGAAAAAAAGAAAACCAGGAGAUUCCCAGGUGGAGGAGCCCCACGGGUCGCCAGCGUGGCUGUUUCGGCCCGCGCGGCUGCUUUGCCCGUGCCCUGGUGUGGCGGCUCUCAGUACAAAAGACACUGGUCCGGGUGCCCUCUUAGCUGA